CUGGCUCUGGCUGCCAUGGCAACAGCGUCGAGGCUGGGGCUCCAGGAGCAGGACUUCCGGCAGAAGGGGAGGGCGCUUUUGCCAACCGGGCCACUCGGUUGGACGAAGAGAGCGCAAAAACAAAUGGUUCUCUUUAGGGAUUGGUGGAGGGUUGAUGACGUCACUACUAAGUUGGUUCGGGUUGUAGCGCGGUGGAAGUUCAAGUUUGGAAGCCGGGCACCAUGCCAGGCCAGGGCUUGGCUUCUGCCAGAAGCUGCCGGCAUUUCCCGCUCGGCCGGCGAUGGAGGAGACCUGCUCGGCCUUCCUGGACUACAAAACGGAGAAGUUUGUCCUCACCAGGAACCGCAAAGUGGGCCUUUUGCACCGCCUGCUCCAGCUGGGCAUCCUGGCCUACACAUUCGGAAGGGCUACCAGGAAAAGGAUACAGACCCGCACUUCUCGGUGAUCACCAAACUGAAAGGGGUUUCGGCCAUUCGGGUCCAAGGGCUCGGAGAGCGGCUGUGGGACGUGGCGGAUUACGUGAAGCCCCCUCAGGGAGAAAGUGUCUUCUUCUUGGCCACCAAUUUCAUUACGACACCGAAUCAGACGCAGGGGUUGUGCCCGGAGCAUCCCUCGAUCCCGGAUGGAAACUGCCAACGAGAUUCGGAUUGUUCGGCCCGAGAGCCAGUAGUCAAUGGGAACGGGAUCAAAACAGGGAAGUGUCUCCGUUGGAAUGAUACCGGCGGCACCUGCGAGAUCUACGGCUGGUGUCCGGUGGAAAACAAGACCCUUCCCAGGAAGCCGCACUUGAUCGAGGCUGGAAAUUUCACUCUGUUUAUUAAAAACACCGUCAACUUUGCCAAGUUCAACUUCUCCAGGACCAAUGUUUUGAAGACAACGGAUGGUGCCUACUUCAAGCACUGCCGCUACGACGCUCUGGAGAGCCCUUUCUGCCCCGUUUUCCGCAUUCGCGACAUGGUGGAGUCGGCCGGCGCCAGCUUUGAGGAGCUGGCCCUCAAGGGGGCAGCCGUCGGUUUGCGCAUCGACUGGGACUGCGACGCCGACCGAGCCCCAUCGCAAUGCCAUCCUGGCUAUUCCUUCAACCUUCUGGACAAAGGAUUCAACUUCAGGACGGCCUCCUAUUACCGGGCCCCGCUGUCUCCUCCCUCCCGGAGCCUGCUGAAACUCUACGGCAUCCGCUUUGACAUUUCGGUCCGGGGUCAGGCUGGGAAGUUCAGCAUCGUCCCCACUGUGGUCAACGUGGGCACCGGGGCAGCAUUCCUCGGGGUUGCCACGGUCGUCUGUGAUCUGGUCCUCUUGUACCUCGACGCCAAAGCUGACUUCUAUCGGAGCGAGAAAUACGAAGAGGCAAAGCCACCGAAAGACAAAAAUGACCAGGCGGCUUCGUAGCCUCACCAACCUUCAAAGGAAAGGCUGAAACUUCCUGUGGACACUUGAGGCAACGGGGUCUCCACGUGCAACGCUUGGGCUAGACGGGACCUUCCUGAAAGCCGAGAUGUGGAUCCUUACCUGGCAUUUUGCUAUGACUUCUGCUGCCGCCUCUCUUUGCUGGAGACCAAAGAGAGCUCCUGACACUCAGUGUGGGAAGUAUUGGGGCAAGUGGACCACAAAAGCAACCUUGUGUCCUAUUGUCAAGCACUGGCUUUUGCAAGGGACAGCUCUAGAGGCACUUUUGCUGCUCCAAACUAUAUUUUAUUUCCCUCUCCUUUAUUGAGGCCCUUGCUGGCUCCCAAAGUGGCUUCCAAUAAGAUUGGAGUCAGGUACAGCUAAAAACCCAAAGAUGAAAAAAAUAAAAGUCUCCUAUCAAGUCA